CCUAUUUCUACAGCCCAAUUGACGGCUAACCGAGCAGUAAAAUCUUCAUCAAGGAAGGGGGUUCAUAAAGCAAAUAAUCACAUUAGAGAAAGAAGAGGGAAAAGAAAUGUCUUCCAUCCACGACCUGGCCGCAGCCGCCGUCGCGGGCUCUGCGUCGUCGAGCCAGACGGGCGAGGACGGCACGGGGGCGGCCAAGAAGAGGGGCGCCUUUAUCGUGCUGGAGGGGCUGGACCGCAGCGGCAAGACGACGCAGGUGAAGCUGCUGGAGCAGAGGUUUGUGGAGGAGGGGAGGCCGGCCAAGGUGAUGAGGUUUCCUGAUAGAACGACGGCGAUUGGGCAGAUGAUUGAUGGCUAUUUGAAGAGCAAUGUUGAGCUGGAUGAUCAUGCCAUUCAUCUUCUGUUUAGUGCCAACCGCUGGGAAGCUGCAAACCAAAUCAGGGCAUACCUCGCCGCCGGCAUCACCGUCGUCUCAGAUCGCUUCUACCACUCCGGCAUCGUCUACUCCGCCGCCAAGAAGAACCCCCAUCUACCGCUCGCCUGGGCGCGCUCGCCGGACGUCGGCCUGCCGCGCCCAGACCUGGUGCUCUUCCUGGACCUCGACGAGGAGACGGCCCGGUCGCGCGGCGGCUGGGGCAGCGAAAAGUACGAAAAGGAGGAGAUGCAGCGGACGGUGCGCGAGCUGUUCUGGGCGCUGAGCAUGGGCGGCAAGGACAUCAAGGGGCAGGAUCUGCUGCAGCAGCUGGGCGGGAUUGAGGGCCCGUCGUGGAGGCAGGACGAGGAGGACCUGGUGGUUGUGGAUGCGAGCAGGCCGGUGGAGGAUGUGGCCGAGGCGAUUUGGAGGAAGGUGAAGGGGAGGGUUGAUAGGGUUGAUAUGGGCGAGAUGGGCAAGGUGGUGAGGACUGCGUUGUGAGGGUGGUGAGGGUAAUGGUGAUGUAUGUGAUGUGAUGUGUUGUUUGGCAUGCAUGCUGGAUACGUUUUCGUCUUGUUUAGUUUUGGUAAUGUCAUGGCUCGAAGAUGUUUGGAUUUGAGAUGAGCGUCUGAUUGGGGGAGUUUUCGACGAGGUCAAGUUGGGUCAUAACUACAUGUAUGUGCCAUAUAUGGUCAUAAUUUCUUAUUUUUUUUGCAACAGACACUCUCAUGACCAUCAAUUUAUUGCAAGAAUAUGAAAAUGGUCAGAUGAAUGAGCCGAAAGUUGACUUAUAAUGAUCAAGACUGG